CUUUUGGGGAAAGAACUUUCAGCAGCCACCGCCAAGGAUCAUUUUGCAGACAGCGAAACCGAGGCUCCGGACGCCAAGCGCUUUCUCCGGGGUACUCUGGCCUUAGACCUGCAGUUCUCAGCCCUGACAGAAGUACUUUUCCAGUUCCUAACAGAGCCCAAGGAGGUGGAAAGGUUUGUGGCUCAGCUCUCUGAAUUUGCCACCGCUAAUCAGAUCAGUCUUGGCCCCCUCAGAAGCAUUGUGAAAAGCCUCCUUCUGAUUCCAAAUGGUGCCUUGAAGAAGAGUCUCACGGCCGAGCAGGUCCGGGCAGAUUUCAUAACUCUGGGUCUCAGUGAGGAGAAAGCCACGUACUUUUCUGAAAAGUGGAAGCAGAACGCCCCUGCCCUUGCUCAGUGGGCGGUAGGUCAGACCCUGAUGAUCAACCAGCUUGUCGAUAUGGAAUGGAGGUUUGGAGUAACAUCUGGGAGCAGUGAAUUGGAGAAAGUGGGAAGUAUUUUUUUACAAUUAAAGUUGGUGGUUAAGAAAGGAAAUCAAAUUGAAAAUGUGUAUAUAGAAUUAACUUUGCCUCAGUUCUACAGCUUCCUGCACGAGAUGGAGCGAGUCAGAGCCAGCAUGGAGUGCUUCGGCUGAUUGCUGUCCCCUGUCCCUUCACCAGGGACUGCUCCCAGGGGCACCUCCCGCAGGCCCAUGGGCUCUCCUUGCAGUUAUCUUGGGAGCCCAGGUGCAAAAGGUUUCUGAAAAACAACAGGAUUAAGUACUUAACAGGCCUUGCACAACUUCCCUGUAAAUGCCUCGUUAAGGGAACCACCACCACCUGUCUUCCAGGAGACUGUUCUGGAUUUUCUGACAGGCUAUGGCAUCUCUGAUUCACCAGUGAAAAUAAAAGUUCCAAAGUAAA